AUAAGGAACAAUGUAAAAAUAUCAAAGAUAGCAGACAAGUUGGGACCUGUCGUUUAGGAACAAUUUAACGAAGUAAUGUUGACAUUCUCACCGGUUGGAAUAAAAGUUAUAAAACUCAUUUUUUACAACAAAUUUGGGCUUCUGGAGAAAAGAAUUCGGUUAAAAAUAUCAUAACAUAUAUAAGCAGAUAUAAGAUGCCACGUUCGAUACCUCUUUUAUAGUUUUUACCAGAUAAAUCGGUCAGUCCGAACUACGAUCAAGUCAACCGUGCAGAAUACAAAAUGGCUGACACUGGAAAUUGGAAUUUUAAGCAGUGAAAAUAUUCUAGAUUUUUAAGACCAGAGAUGACUGUGAUAUAAACUAAAACUACCUCCAGUGAUGAAGAGGACACCAAGGGCAGGUCACUCUAACCUCCCUGUCCCUAAAACAUCAAAGGGUUCACCAGGCAAUGCAAAGUCUACGUUGAGCAAGGGCGGGCCCCACACACGCUCGGCAGAGGACAUACCGCGCAGAGUACAACUGAGUGUGGCAGGAGGGCCACCAUCUCCACAAAGAAGAGCAAUAUCUCCAGGAACACCACAGAGGAGAAGUCUGCUACCCUCACCAGUUCCAGGUCAGAAUGGACAACAGUCAGGUGUACGGUACAUCACGGAAGAUCUUAUACGUAAGAUCUGUAAAGAGGACAGUCUGGAAAUGGUCACCACCCUCAACCUUACCCUUACCAAAGCCGAGGCGGGGAAGAAAAUUAAGUACAUAGAGAACCUGGAUCGCCUGAAAAGACUGCAAGUUCUUAUAUUGAGUAACAACAUUAUAGAAAGAAUUGAAAAACUUGAUAAACUUCUGAAACUAAAAGAGCUUGACCUCUCCAGUAACUGUAUAGUGAAAAUUGAGGGUCUGGAAAACCUUACUAAUCUGCAAAUAUUGAACCUGUCAGGAAAUUUGAUUGAACAUAUACCAAUAUGGAUGGGAAAGAGGCUGAAAUCAUUACGGGCAUUUCAUGUUGGAAGAAAUAGACUAGAAUCGCUGAGUGAGUUAGCUAAACUGAAACCACUACCAGAUCUAACACAGCUAACAGUGGCAGAAAACCCGCUUGCCGAGUUCAAUCAUUGUCGACCAUAUUUAGUGUUCCAUUUACGAACCUUGGAGGUAAUUGAUGGUCAAGCGGUAACUGAUAGGGAAAGAAGUGCAGCUAAAGAUAGAUUCGAACAAGAUGAGCUGGAAAGACUCGAGAAGCAGUUGGAAGGGGAGGAAGCGAAGUAUCGCCGUCUUGAGGAGGACCACAACCGAUCUAAACAGGAAAGAAGUCAUAUGAGUGCUACUGAAGAUGAUCUGCGGAAAAGGGAGAAAAAUUACAAUGCUCGGAUUGAAGAGUUGGAGCGAGAGCUGGAGACAAAAAAUGAUCUGUUGAAAAAGAAGACCUCUGAAUUAAACAAAGCAUGUGAGAAACAUUAUCAAUUGGAGCAAGAUCUUGCCUUCCAUAAGAUAGACAGCAAGUUUGACAGUCUAGGCAGAGGACCAGAACAGUCAUAUGAUGAUACUGGUGAUGACAGUGGUUUAUUAGGGGAAAGUCCAUAUAUUGGAAAAGCCAGGUACAAAGCAAACAGACUCGCAGGAGAGACCGAGAUUCCAGGUGCUUCGCCAAAUAGGGUUCAGAUCCACUCUGUCCCUGGUCCAGUGCGAGCAGACGUAAAAAUGGAGCUGAAUAAUAAACUUGACCAUGAGAUUGCCGUAAAACAGGAUAAAGUGAGCAAAGCAAAUUCAGGGGUUAAGGAAGCUGAGGACAGAUUGAAAAGACUGACAAACGAUUUGGCAGUGACUGAAAACAAACUCAAGAAUGCGACAAAAGACUUGAAGAACAUCGGUGACUCGGCGCUCACCGAGAAGGAAGAACAGAAACAAAAUAUUCGUCAAAAAAUGACGAGGAAAAUGAGACAUGUGAAUGAAAUGAAGGACAGUGCCACACAGAUCGAAGAGGAAUUAGAAAAGACGAAAACGUCCAUGCAUAAACACAAGAUGGACCUUGCUAGAAUGAAAGAUCAGAUUAGCCGGAUGGACAACACAGAUCCUAAUUACAGACGGGUGUAUGCAGAUAUGGUUGACAAAGAACAACAGAUCAAUGAGAGUAACCAAAUGUACGGACAGUUACAAGAACAGCUUGAACUGAUGUUGGAUACCGUUGCCAAGGAAACAAAUGACAUCAAAAAACUAGAACAGCAACUUAAUGAAGAUACUUUAGAAACAAAUGAAUCUCUGCGAGAAGAACUUGAUGAGAUUGUUGGAGGUCUACAGACAUACCUGGCUCAGGUACAAACAAAGGCUGCAAAGAAGGAGAAAGAAUUUGAUCAACUUUUAAAAGAAAACGAAGCGAUAUCUGACAGAUGCCGAAAGUUGGAGAAUGAACUUAGUGUGGUCGAUCAAGAGGCGAAUAGCUUAAGAGACCUGGAAAGGAGAUAUAUGGAGAUGGAACAGUCUUUCCGACAACAGGAAGACCGGAACCGAGAAAUGGAGGAACAGAUUCACCGGAGUCAGAGGCAAGACCUGAACACCCAGGACAAGCUGGAAAAUCGUGAACUGGAGAAUGCAUCUCUGAAAAAGGCGCUUAAAGAUCUCGAACAAAAAGCUAAGGAAGGAGAAUUUGUAGCGAAGAAUAUUUCACAUAAUCUCCAUUCGACUCCCGUAACUUCCCCGAAUGGAGAUUUCAUACAGAAGAAGACAACUAGCAUUUCUGAGACAAUUCCCGGAAUAAUUCCUCACGACAAAGUGGCGGAAAUGUUCCCGCAAUUAAAAAAUGAGGAAGCAAUGCGGAAAAGGCUUGAGCAAGAGAAACAGACAUUAGAGAAACAGUUACAGACAGAGAAAGCUAAAGCAAUAGAAGGUGAACGAAAGUCCAAGGAGGCACAGAGAAAAGACGAUGAAGUCAGGAAACUUAUGUCACAAUUAGAAACAGCUAAGGCUCAGAAUGUUGCAUUAAGGGACAGGGUAGAACAGGACACACAGACACUGCAGGCUAGAGUUCAGGAGAGCACGUCAAAUGCUGACUUAAAACGAAGGCUGAAAGAUCUGUCACAAAGCUUAAAACAGAAUAGGGUAUCCAUUGAACCAGAAGGAGACCGAGAUUUUGUCGGUAAAACUUUCAAGGACCUGCAGGGCUUUGUCCAGGAUCGUAUGAACAAGAGCACACAGGAUCUAGACACAACUAGAGUAAGACUUGAUAAAUCAGACCAUGAGAACCAGUCACUCCGAGAACAGAUGAAACGACUCCAGGAUAAACUAAAUAAACGUGAUGAAAAAGUUAAAAAUGAAAAGAAUAAGUCUAAAGAAGAGAAGAAAGCUGAUGCUGAGGAGAUUAAGAGAUUGAAUGAUGAAAACAACAGACUUAGAAAUGCACUCAAAGAGGCGAAAAAUCGCUCUAAACAGGGUAAAGGUUCAACAAAGAUAGUGCAUGACCAGGAAACAGAUUCAGUAUUUAGCCGUCGCAGUUCAUUGAACUCUGAAGAGAAACAUCUGUUUGAUGAGUUACAGAAUGAAUUGAUGUCCCUCAAGAGAAUCAUGAGGAGUAAAGAAGAUGAUGCCAACAAAAAAAUUCGAGAUUUGAGAAAAAUAGGGUUGUUGGAUGCAGAAGCCGAGGCGGCCAUGUUGGAGCAGAAUUUACAGGACAAGGAGGAAAGCUACCAGAAUGAGAUAGAGAGGCUGCGAGAACACAUGGAAAUGCAGAGGGAAAGACAAGAGGCAAGGGUACAAGUGAUUGCGGCUGAUUUGGAUCAGGCAACACAAGUGGCAGACUUCUUGCAAAGAACACUGGACGAACGCGAGGCCCAACUUCACGGUGAAGUUCAGCAGUCUGACAUGAAUAACCAAAUGAUAACCACCCAAGAAGAUGAGUUAGCUAAAUUGUAUGAUAUACUUGAAGCGCAAAGACAGGAGGUAGAUAGAUUGAAUGGUAUGCUUGAUACUAUUUCUGGACAGGGUGGAUCUUUAGGAACUUCUGGGGCGGAUGAGGAGCUUUGGCGUUUGAGACAGGAAGUUAACAACUUGAAGGAAACUUUAGCGAUGCAGUCAGCAUACGUACAGACCAUGCCUCCACCACAAACGUCAGCUGGGGUUCAGGCCAGCACUGGAACUGGGACACAGUAUUACCUCACAGACCAUGGUCAGGCAGCCGGCCCCACCUACAGACCGUUGUUGUCACAGUACAGAGAACAACCACUUUCCAUGGUUCCGCCAGUACCUGGCAUGACCAGUAUGGGUACAAAUUAUGCCCCACCUGGUUUCGGGAGAAGCAUGGGUGUCGGAGUUGGUGUUGGUGUGGGUAGUGGAGGAAGUCCACAAGGUGCUGGAUCUCCAGUACAAGGUACUUCACCAGGUGGUACAGACCAGAGAGAGGCUCGCACUCCACCAGGAGGAAGACCAGCAGGGAGGUCACGACCCAGUCAGUCAACACUGAAGCGACAUGCCGACAGAGGUGCUGAUGCAGAAGGGGACGGUCACUCUGAGAGGAGUCGGAGUGGACGCAGCAGCCGUAGUCGCCGAAAAGAGAGGGGCAGGGAUAGAGAAAGGGGCAGUAAUAGGGGUCAUGAAAGAGAUGGUAGCAGGGAUAGGGAGAUGGGCAGGGACAGGUCGAGAGAGACCGAGAGGAAGAUUGGGUUCGAACCUGUACACAGACCGCAACCCUACCAUCCCCAGAUGUCCAGUGGACCUGUCAACACUUUCUCAACACCAGAGGGUGCUAUUCAGCCAGGAGGCAUGGUACCAGCCUCUGCACAAAUGGAUGGCUACCCAGCAGGCCAGAUGACAGGACCUGGAGUUAUUGGACCUGCCAGUAUGGGGCAUUCACAAGUGCCGUUUGGUGCUCCAUCCGGUAUUGCACCUUCUGCUUACCAGUCUUCAAACCUUUCACCAACAAGAGGUCAGCUGCUUGGCCAGCCAUUGGCUCAGUCAGGAAUGCCACAGCCUGCUGGACCACAGCCAAGCAUUCUGAAACAUCCAGGGAUUCAGCCUGGGAGCGGUCCCGCUGGCACGGCUCCACAGGGGUACAUGAUUCCACCAGGGUACACAAUACCACCACCUCCAGGUCAAUACCAAGGCAGUGGUGCAAGCGUACCUGCUGCUGCACCAAGAUAUUCAGGGAGCCAGGCACCAGCCUAUGGUGCUUCACAAACACAAAGCGUCGGUUCCACUCAAACUCCAGGUCAUGCUGGUAAUCAGACUGCAUUUGCACCUUUACCAACACACCCUCAUGGACCUGCAGUGGCACUAGGUCAGACUCCAGGGGUACAGGUUGGGGGUUCAGCUUUUACUGCACCAGCACAAACACUUGCUUAUAACUCUGAUAGAGUGUUCUUACCUGCCUACCCUACAUCUCCAAGUCGACCGGCUGGAAGAGUCUAUUACAACAGAGGUGGUGGUGGUGGAGGGGGAGGAGGUGGCGGUCCACCUCUCCCACCGCAGGGCACAGGGUACAGCAGGGAUAGGUCGCCAGAUCAAAAUGUUCGGUUCCUCCCCAUGGAGCCACUUGCACAGGGUACACCUAUAGCUGGCCACAGUAUGCCUCGCACUGGGGGAGCUGGUGUUAACAUGCCAAGUCCCAUACGACCAGUACUAAGGGAUCAGUCCCCAAGAAGAAUGGCGCAGACAGCAGGUGCUAAUGAUGAUACAUACCUCUUCUGUAACGUCCCCGAACACCAUGAUCUUGAGGACUACAUUGCUGAACUGCAAGAGAAGUUGAAGAAACUUAAAGCCAGAAUUGCCAAUGAAAAGGAGCUACAAGCUGCAGUACAAGAUGAGAAUGAUUAUAACCUUAUUAGACGUCUGAGAGGAGAAUUACUGGAGAGACGAGAUGAACUGGAAGGGUUAGAUCUGGCCAUUGAGAGGCAACAGAAGAACUUGAAGAAUCUGAAAGCAGAGGAAAAACAGCUGCAUUUUGAGAGACAGUCUGCAAAAGAAGAACUAGAAUUUAUGAGAGAUCAGAAUGCUAAAAGAAAAAGAAAAGUGCGUGUAUAUCCUGACGAUGAAGACAGCUUUGAUGAGAGAAUGGAAAACUCUCGUAAAAAGAUGAUAAAAGACGAAAUUCGGUGCUUAGAACAAACUCUUGCCAAGCGGAAAGCACAGCUCCGUGAGGCAGAUAGGUUACUUAAAGAGUGUAAUACAGACUUGAAGUGUGCUAGGGAAGAGGCUAGGGAGACUGUUAGAGAGUAUGAUAAAGCUUCACUAGGACUUGAAAGUACGGUGAAAGAAACAUCGGAACUUGAGAAACGUGCAAAUGUUGCUGGUGUAGAACUGAUCAAAGCUUCAGAGAAACUAAGUGCUAUCCGGCGAGAGAUUAAAGACAGUGAAUCUCGACGAUCAAAACAAGAAAGACUGCUGAAAGAUGUUACUCAGUUAAUCACAAAAAGAGAUGCAGACUUUAAAGACUUAGAUUCUAGGUCAAGAAUGACUCAACAGAAUUUAAGUAAAUUACAAAGUGAAUUAAAUGCAGCCACUCAAAAGGAAAGAGAAACUGUUCAAGCAUUACGAGAUUCUGAAGAUAUCCUCGCUAAAAGACGCAAUGAGAUUGCAAGAAUGAGAGAUCAGAUAGAUCAACAGAAACAUGAGCUUGAGAAGGUUGAUCACAUGAUGGGCAAAAAGCGGACAGAGUUACAGUUCCUGACUGACAGUUUAGAACGUAAACAAGCAGAGAUUAAUCAGCUGAUACGGGACACUGAGUCCGAACUCUCAAGUAAUAAACGAGAACUUAAGGAACAAAGAGAUCUGAUAAGAAAUCUGGAGGUACAGAAGUCAGACCUAAGUUCACAGAUCAAGUCAAAAAGAACGGAACUGCAGAAAAUCAAAGAUGAGAUUGAUACAGAUGAUGAAAUUUUGCAGAAACUUGUGAACACUGUGAACAAACACAAGUCAGACUUGAAACAUACAUUUGAGAUGCAGAGAUUGGAGCAGACGGAACUGGACAACUUAAAAUCUCAACAUGCCCAGAAGCUUUCCGAACUGGAGAAAACACAGAGAGAAUUACUUGAUGAAAAGAAUGCAUUAGAAUCCUACAACUCAGAUGUGAACAAGAAGUCGGCUGAGCUUGAACGUUUUAGGGGCAUUAUUGAACGUGAUAGGGAGGAAGUUGAACGACUCGCUAUGGAGAAACAGUCGUACGAGGAUAGGAUUUCCACCAUGACUCGAGAGAAAGAAAUGUUGGAUGAAACUUUCAAAACUCUCGAUACCAAAGUUGCACACAUGAGAAGGAGUCAGAAUACGAUGGAGGAGAAGAUUGACAGUACAUCUCGUAGACUGGAGACGUUAGAGGGUGAGUUACAGCGACGAGAGAGGGAGAUGGAUGACAUGAACAGAGAGAAGGCUCACAUGCAGAAAGACAUGAAUAAUCUGAAAAACAGCCUUAAAGAUGGGAAGAAUGAGUUGAAAAUGUACAAAGAACAGAUAAAAGAUGCUGAGAAAAGUAUCACCCACCUGGAACAGCAACUCAGAGAUACAAGUCUACAACGAGAUGAAGCUAAGUUGGAAAUGGAACGUUUGAAUGAAGGAAUACGUCAAUCGAGGAUCACUCAUGACGACUGUAUCCGACAGCAACGUCAACGGGAAGAAGAAUUACAGGACUUGAUACGAACGAUGGAUGAACGAGAGAUUGAAUAUCAGGAAACUAGAAAGUCUUUAAACAAAGUGAGAAAAGAAGUAGAAAAAGAAGAGAGCAAACUUCAAAAGCUUGUCUCCACCGCCAAUUACCAGCUAGAUAAUAUUCGUACUGACCUCAAUACCAAACAGAGCGAGCUAACAGUAGCUACUGCCGAUAUCAUGAACCUAAAGAAAGAGGCAGAGAAAAUGGAAUUAGAUGAGCAGAAAUUGUCUGAAUGUGAAAAACAGAUCAGAGAACUCAAACAAGAAGUUCAGGACCGAAAUGAAGAGAAGAAUGAACUAGCUAAGGCAUUAACUAGGUCAUAUGAAGAAUUGCAAAAGUUACGUACAGAAUCAGCACAGGAGCAAGAGAGGUUGACCAUAGAGAGAAUGCAAUUAGAAAACACACUCAGGGAUAUGCAAGAACAACUAGAACAUGCUAAAAAGGAGAUUCAGCAGAUGCAGAAACGAUCUAGUUCUCAGAUUACGGAACUCCAGGCCCUGGCCGAGGAACAAUUUAAUCGGGCCAAUAAACUCUCAGAUGAACUUACAAAACUGAGAGCUAAGAAGCAGACUGUAACACAUGACAGUCAGGUGACUAGGCCACAUGACAAAGGACAGUAUCCAAUCACAAUUGUCCCUGAAAAUUCAAAAUCUUCCUUCAGACACUACGUUGACUUGCCCCAAGGAAGAGAUCAUUCUAACUUCACAGCUCAUGACAAAUACAAAACCACUGACCAGUCUUUCACUGAACAAGAUUUAGACAUAAGCUGGCCUAGUGGGAGCCCAGGCAGUAUUAGACUAUCUGUAUCCCCAGUUAGGAGAGAUUCUGGGGCAAGAAUUAAGGAUCCCAGCAAAAGCCCCAGUUCUUCAAGGGCAAGGCCUUUACGACCCUUGAGUGCAAGUUUCAGACAGGAGAACCAUAGCUCUACACUACCUAGAGAAACCCACUUCAGGUCUUCGUAUAGCAGACAAAGGGACAGGAGUUGGAGUCCACCUGGUGUUAGGGAUAGAACUCCCAGUCCUUCAAGAUUUAGAGACAAAAGGCUCCUUCCCUCACCGAAUAAGGAUUUUGACUCCUUUUCACUGCCAGAGUUGCCAGACAGGUCAGCUACCAUUGAUAAAGAUUCAUUCUUUCCAACUGCCACUCUUGUUCCUGCUACCCAUACCACUGCCAUAUCCACAACAGCUGCCUCUGUUUCCAUGGUAACAGAUUCUUCUUCAACUCUAACCUCUACAUUGACUACUCCCCCUACCACACAAAGGGACCAAAAAGAAUCUGUGGCCAUAGAAUCUGUCCCUGGGAUACCUGCCCUAGGAUUGUCUCCACCUGUAAGAGAUUCUGGAUCAUCACUUACAACAGUAACCACCCUCACUGACCAAGCUGCCUUGAGUAGCGCUCGAGACAGUGGGGACACAGACAGACAACGAUUUUCAUUUGACCUUGGUUUUCUAGACAUACUGACAAUAGAUAGUAACUCUAGUGUAGCUGAUCAAUUGAGUACAGGAAGAACAACAGACAGAUUAUCUGAGGACAAAGAGAACAUUAGAAUAGAGAGUGUGGAGGAACAGAGAAAGUCAGAGAUUCUCAGAGAAAAAUUAUCAAAGGAACAAGAGUUGCUAAGGCUACAACUGCAGCAACAGAUGCAGAGACAUGCUGAUGCAAUGGAACAAGCAAGGUUACAGUCUGAGGGUACCAUAGAAAAUCUGAGGAAAAAACUGAACACAUUACAAGAUGUAUUAGUAACAACAUCAGAUAUCACCAGUCCCACGUUACGCAGGGCUAGAUCUCGGUCCGCUGGACUACUGCCAUCUCCUGAUAGACAGAGGUCACCUAGUCCAGGUUAUCAUCGUCAUGGUUACCUCGCUCAGAGACCAAGGUCAAGGUCACGAUCUGCUGACAGAAUUACUAGAAGCAUUUAUCCAGAAAGAGAUAUUCUGACAGUUUGAUGAAAGUUUUCCCCAGUGCUGUGACAACCAUCCGUCCAUUUUCAAGCAUUCAAAGUGCCAAGUUUCAUGUUUGUCUGCGACAACUGUAUUUCUUAAAUAUGACUGUCUUUAACUUGUGUAUUGCUGUUUUAUUUAAAUAGACCAUACCAUGAAAAUGCUACUAAAGAGUAGGCUAUGGAUUGGUUAUUAAGUUAUUGUUCUAUUGAAAAGUACAUAAGUCUACAUAGAAAAUGUAGGUAGCACUUUAUGGUUGUGUAUUUUAGCUUUUUGAUGGAUAGGAAAACAGUUUAUCUAGAAAAUAUAACAAAGACACUGUAGAGGAAAUACAGUAUUUUGAUUUUCAGUUAACCCUUACUCUGCUAAAUUUCUAUAAUGAACUUGCCCAUCCUUCAAAUUUGACAGUUCCAUUAACUGUUACACGGGGUGCAUACCAAAAAGUUACUGACUUAAUGGUGAACAGUGCAGAUCAUGAUCAGACUGCAUGGAUUUGCUGGCUGAUCAUGAUCUACACUGGUCUCAAAGGCAAAACCAAUGGUGUUUAGCAUGAUAAUAGGGUUAACUUUUCGUUCAGUGUAAGCAAUUUGUGUAUAUGUGAGAUGCUUAUAUAAAUUGCAUGUAUUUUUCCCAGCAUUUGAUAGAUCUGAUUCACUGCGUAUACUCAAUUUAUGUGAGACCAUAGGAUUGUGUCAGUUUUUUAGUACAUAUGUCCUGUUUUACUGCUAUCUAUAUUUCUUAUUCUAGUAUACUUAAGAAACCUUUAUUUUAGAAGAAUGCACAGUCUUCUUCAAAAUGUUUGUAGAAUUCUCUUUACUGUGAUCAUUAUUUCUGCAUUUUACAUUGUUUGUGAAGCAACUGCUUAUUGUAAGAAACAGCUAUGUCCCUUCUUGGGGUAAUUUUGAAACAGACUGUAUAGCAUUAUAAUGUUCCUUUGAUUAAUGUAAGAAACAGUUGUGUCCCUUUUUGGGUUAAUUUCAAAACAGACUGUACAGCAUUAUGUCCCUUUAAUCAAUGUAAGCAGCAGUUGUGUCCUUUUUUUCAUAAUUUUGAAACAGACUAUACAGUGUUUUCCCUCUAUACAGAAACUCCUAUCUGUGGUAUCAUGCUUUAUUUAUGAACAAAGUCUGACUGUGAUAUUUUAAUGUUAAAUGAUUUUAGAUUAUUUUUUGAUGUUUUAUAACUGCUAUGACUGCAUAUAAAACAAAUCAGUGUCACAUGGAUUGUUUGAAUAUUCAUGAAGUCUAAAACAAAUCAGUGUCACAUGGAUUGUUUGAAUAUUCAUGAAGUCUAAAACAAAUCAGUGUCACAUGGAUUGUGUGAAUAUUCAUGAAGUCUAAAACAAAUCAGUGUCACAUGGAUUGUUUGAAUAUUCAUGAAGUCUAAGAUUUAUGUACACCUUUGUUAUAACAUUAUUUUUGUAGGAUUUUCAUGAAAGAGAAAAAAUACAGCAUAUUUAUUUAAUGUGUUAGAAAAAAAACACCUUUAUGAGUGAAAAUCUAAGUAUUGGGGGUUUUUUUUUCAAUUUUGACAUUUUUUAAAGUCAUUGUGAGUCAUUUAUAUGUAUAGGGUUAGGAUGAUUGGAAAUUGUGGAUUGAAAUUUUUUGCCCACUACUUUAAGGAAUGAUUUCACUUGAAUGUGAUAGUUUGCCACUAAACGCUAAAGUAAUUCAGAUGUUUUUGACACUUUUUUUGUUUUUGUUUUUUUUUAGGUUAUUUCCAGUUUCCAUUUAAAGUAGAUUUUGAUAUACACGUACCUAUAUGUACUUUAUACAGUAUUUAUUUUUUUUGACAUAAUGUGUUUAAAUGUGAUAUUUAUAAAAAAAACACUUGUCUUCGUUAUGUGUUAUAUAUAAAUGGUACUGUAUACAUAUUAAAAAAAUAAAAAUGAAAUUCAA